AUGGACCCGAUCAUCCUCUCCGACGAAGAUGACCCCACGACACCGCUCCCUCUCCAUUCUAAGAAGCGCCGAACCGAACAACCCGAUCCAAACCCUACCGUUUUCAUCAUCGACGACGACCCCACUCCACAGAAGCAGCACGUUCCUUCCUCUAUACCUUCUAUCGUUCCCGAUACUCCAUUCUCCCCUUUAUUCGAUUCCGAAAUUGCAAUCGUCAAAUGCACUAGACCUUCUGAUUCUGCUCCUACGAAUUUACCAGGAAUUAGUCAAAUGAUAUGUUUGGAAUCAGAUGAUGAGCUGGAAAAUUCUCGAAUUGGAAAUUGGAAUGAGAAUGGAGCAAGGGGAUUUUCUUCUCAGGAAGAAAUUGCUGGAAAUUCAACAUGGACUUACCAUUCAACUGGUUAUGGAAGUUCUCCUGACAGAUAUGUUUCAUGUGAAAAUGUUACUCGAGCUGAAAAUUCCGGGGACAAUCCGUCAAAUCCAACCUCCUCACAAGUGGAAGAGAAUCCUAAUGAGAACAAUAUGAGCCUGGAGCAGGAAGAGAAUCCUAAUGAGAACAAUAUGAGCCUGGAGCAGGAAGAGAAUCCUAAUGAGAACAAUAUGAGCCUAGAGCAGGAAGAGAAUCCUAAUGAGAACAAUAUGAGCAUGGAGCAGGAAGAGAAUCCUAAUGAGAUAAAUAUGAGCAUGGAGCAGGAAGAGAAUACUAAUGAGAUAAAUAUGAGCAUGGAUCAGGAAGAGAACGUUGACAAUAUGAAAAGUUCCAAAGUCUCUGCAAAGAGCAGAAACAGGGCAACUGGAAAAACAAAGAUGACAAAAGAAGAAAGAAGUCGUUUGAUGGAAGAAAAGAAACUACUGAAGGAACAAGAGAAGUUAAGAAAAGCAGCUAUGAAGGCUGAAGCUGCAGAACUGAAAAAAAUUGAGAAAGAAAAGCAAAAGUGGGAAAAAGGGAAGUUCGCAAUGAAAUAUAUUGUGGCAGAAAUAGAUGCAAAGGUAGUUGAAUCAGGUUCAAUCGGAGGCCAUUUGCUUACUAGGUUUGCUGAAAAAGGGCUUACAUAUCAUAUUACGUCAAAUCCAAUCUCCGGGUCCAUUUUAUGGUCUAUGAAAGUUCCAGAAAGUAUUUCACAGCUUUCCACUGAGCGAAUUGAGAUUCCAUAUGUCUUACUAGUUUUUGAGGCCGACAAAUUUUGUAACCUCACCGUUAAUGAUUCUCUUUUUGAUCAACUCAAUAGCAUUCGAAAUCAUUAUCCAGCUUAUACUGUUUGUUACCUCACAAACAGGUUACUUUCUUACAUUAAUAAAAGGGAGCAGGAAAAAUACAAGAACCCAGAAAACAAUACUUGUUGGAGACGUCCGCCCGUUGAGGAGGUACUAGCAAAAUUAACAACUAAUUUCGCCAAAAUACAUUACAGACUGUGUGUAGAUGAAGCUGAACUAGCUGAACAUGUUGUGGGUUUGACAUGCAGUCUGGCGUCUUGUCAAUUUAGAAAGAAAUUAACUAGGUUAUCUGUAAAUGCAAAUGGAUCUCUUGUUUCAAAGGACAGUGUUGACCGGAACUUAAUAAAGAAAUCCACUUGGUUAAAAGCUUUGGUUGCUAUCCCCAAGGUACAACCGCGAUUUGCAAUUGCUAUUUGGAAAAAAUACCCAACCAUGAAAUCUCUGUUACGUGUUUAUAUGGACCCAACUAAAUCGGAGCAUGAGAAGGAAUUUUUACUCAAAGACUUGAUGACAGAAGGUUUGAUUGGUGGUGACAGAAGGUUAGGCGAGGUUUGCUCAAAGCGAGUGUACAGAAUUCUAAUGGCUCAAAAGGGAACCAUCAGAACAGAUGAUGUCGAGAAUGGUGCUGAUUUUUUUGAACGUUAA